AUGUCGAGCAGCGCGGGGGCGUCGGCCUCGCCCAUGUCCACCGACCGCUGCUCCUUUUACUGUCCUGUGUGCGGCAUUCAGGUUUCGGACUCGCACGCCGCAGAGGCGCACAAGGCCAGCCGCCAGCAUAAACGCAAGAGCGGCGAAAUCGAGUGGGAGGCGCGGCAGUACAAGAAGGACGCCGAUGUGACACCCGACGACGUGUGGGCGCUCGUGCGGCGCAAGCAGGCCGAACUCCAGGUCAUCCCCUGGAGCGAGCUCAAGUACAGCGAGGAGAGCGCGACAUGA